AGGCGCAGCAAGGCGGCAAAGAAAAAGGAAGCGCGUGCCAAAAGCAGAGAGGGAGUCGAGUGUCCUCAUCCACUGCGCGCUUCACUUUUUUAGUUGGGCUCCAACCGCGGCGUGCGAGAGACGAGGGUCGGGCACGCACGCUAAUGGUACUUCGCCUGUGUCCCCCGAGAACAACACUCGUCCUCGGCAUGACCUGCGACCCGACUCGGAAUAAUAACACCGCAGCACGGAAAAUGAUGCUGGGCUCGCUGGAAAGUUGAAUAUCCCAAAACUGAAAUGAUGGAAGGCCCUGGUCGGGCGGUGGGUCUGCAGCGGCUCUCAUCCUCUUCGGGUGUGUCGAGCAUCAGCGUGUCACAUGGCAUGUCGUCCGUGCGCUCAAUGUCGGUCGCAAGCAUCAGUUCCGAGGGAAGUUCCGAGAGCCACAGCGUCGAGCAAGAAGAAAUCUCCGCUCUAACGCACGACGUAAGGGCGUUCAAGGAGGCGCUCGGUCAUCUCCGGAGGAUAUUCCAACACUCAGAGAGAGAUUUGCAAGACAAUGUGAGAACAAUGGCGCACGACAGAUUAGGUGAGGUGCUGCGAAUUUUGAGAGUGGUACUUGAGAAACACCACACCUUGCAGAACACUGAACUUCUAAUGGCAGCCGGAGCUCUCAUACAGCAAGUUAAAGGGCACGAUUAUGAGGAUGACAAGGCGAGCACAAAGGAAUUUUUUGACUCCAUUGACAAACUGGCUCUUGCGUUCAGCAGCAGGGUUUCCGAAUAUCUGAUGGGUGACUUGGAUGUUGUCAACCUGCCGUUCACCAACGCUGUGACGAGCAAGACCAAGUCUUACGAAACCCUGACAUGCAAAGCCGCGUCGGUCCGAGGACGGUCGGCCGGAAUGGACGAGCCGAGUUUGCCAGGAGAACAGGAGUCCGAGUUGCUCAAAAUCGAGCACUCGGUGGAGGCGUUGCUGCGACGGGCCAAACUCUGCUCCAAAUACCUCAAGGACGUGGUCAUGUACGUGGAGAAACGGGCACUUCUAGAUCUCGAAUACGCCAAAAAUCUGUCCAAACUCGCCAUGACCGUCAAGCCAUUCAUUUGCGAAGAGAGCCACUUUCCGCUCCAAGGCAUUUUCUGCCACGCCUUGGACAACGACACGGACAACUGCAACGCGUACCUGGACACAGGAGCUCUCAUCUUGGGAUCAAAGUUUCUGGAGCCGAUGAGAGCGCGGCGGUUGGAGCACGAGAGGAGGCGGAAGCAAUUAAAAGAGCAGUGGCAACGAGAGAUGCGACGCAUGCAAGAGGCCGAGGGCGUAAAACGGAAGGCGUACGCGAUUUUCGCGCAACGCCAGCAGGCGGCCAAGGCUGUCGUCGACCUCGACACCAAGCCCGAGCGCCGGCGAAAGGUCGACGAUGACGCCAUCCAGAAAGCGUUCGAGGCGGAGAGCACGUACAAGAAAGCGUGUCUCGACGUGGAGACGCAGGCCCGCCACCUGCAGAAGGUCAAGGCCGAAGUUCUGCACAGCCUGCAAGCCCUGCUGCUUCAGUACGACCAGACCAUCAAAGCCACCACGAUGAACUACUUUCAGCUGCAGCACAACCAAAGUUCCCUUACACCGAUACAGUUUCAGAGGCUGUAUGAAAGCAGCAGUCAUUACGAGCCUGGGCAGCAGUACCAUGAAUUUGUGAAGCGAUUCUGCGCUUUGGCUAGUCAAAAGCACGCACUGCAAAGUUCAGCAAGCAUGUCACAAGUCAUGGACGCUGCAGGCGACCCAGAUGUCUUUAUUCAAGGUUCUGGUCGAGGACCGUUCCAAGUCAAGCAGGCGUGGGGAAGCUUCAAACGAGGCCAACAGGCGGAAAGCGAUUCUGACAGCAGCCACAGUGGCAAAAGUCGCGAGUCCUCGCCCGUUUUGAAUUCGCCACCGGCGACCAGGUCGUCUGGUGAUGAAAUCGACCAAAAGGAAGACGAACAUGUGAUUUUGCCGGAUGACGUUUCAAAAGCUUCCCUUUCGCACAAGCUUAAAAUUCUAAACUUGGACAGGAGCAGUCAUCUGAGGUGCUCUGAAUGUGAUAAUAAAAUUUACGGAGAUGCUCUUCAAUGUGUUGAGUGUGGCCUGAAUUGUCAUAGAGGGUGUUUGCUCAAACUGAACGUGUUCUGCGGUACACCUAAGCUGCCAGAAAACUAUGGCGUUUUCGGCACAAGCCUUAGCCAGCACUUGCAAGAGAGCGGAUGCAGCAUUCCACCAGUCAUUACCAAAUGCGUUGAGGAAAUCGAAAAGUCAGCUCUUACAAUAAAGGGAAUAUACCGAGUUUCUGGAGUGAAAUCAAAAGUCGAGAAACUGGUCGAGGAGUUCGAGAGCGGAGCGGACAAGGUGGACCUCUCGGGAGUCAAUUGCCACGUGGUCGCCAGUGUGUUAAAAUUGUAUUUGCGACAACUUCCAGAUCCUCUACUCACAUUUGAAUUGUAUUCCAGCUUUGUGAAAUUAGCCAAAGAGUGGCCAACGAGCGAGGGUUCCAUGAGUGGCAGUGUGUCCGAGCUUGGUGCAUUGGUGCAGCAACUGCCCGCCGACAACCUCAACUGUCUGCGCUUCCUUGUGAAACACCUGUGCCACGUGGCCGCCCACUCGGACGCCAACCUGAUGCCUUCGGCCAACCUGGGCAUCGUUUUCGGCCCCACCCUGCUGCGCACGCCGAACGGACACACGUCCCUCAGCUGUCUGAUGGACACGGUGCAUCAGACGAGGGCCAUCGAGCUGCUCGUCGUGCACGCCGACGUCCUCUUCGGCGUCUCAAAGCACCCCAAAGACUGCAUCGUCCUGCAAGAACUGCUGCAGCAGAAACAGGGUGAGAGCCAGCAGGUUGUUGACCUGCCAGGGUACAUUCCCGAACAGGACGCCCUUUCCAGCCCAGAGUACGAGCCGGGCCCUAGCCAAGACGACAUUCUCUUCGGUUUCGCUUCGGACGACGAUAUACCUGAUUCGUUGCUUCCCGACUUCACCAACCUAGACUCUUACUCUCCUAUCCUGAGACGCAAUCUUCAUCAUUCCGGCUCUGCUAACAUCAUUAAGUGCUCCUUACGAGAUUACAAAGGACUAGAGGGGGUGACGUCUGAAAAGAAGUCGACCGCCAAUCCAGAGCCUCCCUCCAGUGAGCUCGUGCGCCUUUACAAGAGCAAAAGCGCUGUUGACCACAGGUCAGGGACUUCUUCGGACGCAAAACAGGCAGAGACGAAACUAUUUAAGGGUCGCAAGGAAAGCAUCGCCGACUCUGACGACGUCGACUCGCACCUCAGCAGCUCGGUGGAGAGUUCAAGUUUUCGCGACGAGAUGCUCAAACGCCACCAGCAACACUUGCUGAUUUCGGGACCGGGCUCGUCCAUGGAGGAGAGCCAGAGCGAAACAGAAGACGCGGCCAACGGUGGAAAAUCGGCGCUACCACGAAAGUUCAAAGAUUCAUCUGACGGAGCGCGAUCUGUAAAGACUUCCUCGUCCAGCAGCAGCCUCAUCCACUCGACCAAACACCACAUCAGCGUGGUCACCAGCCACCUGGUGGGGCGCCGGUCUUCUCGAAAGGACUCUGGAGCGUCCACCGCAUCCGUGACCAUCAGUCCACCAAUCGUUAUUCCCAAGAAGGCUGAAAAGGUGCUUGGCGAAACUAUAGUCCACAAAAUCACCCUUGUCGACGAAAACGAGAAGCCAUCAAGUAGUGACAACUCAAAACAUUAAAUAAAGUUGUAAACUGAAAAGAAAAAAAUCGAAUUGCAGAGGGGAAAUGUCAAUUUCCUCAGACAUAUAUAUGAUGAAUGUGGUGUCUGUGUAGUGCUGCUUGCGCUUAUCUGGCCUCACCAGAUAAUUUGAAUUGUGUAAAAUAAGUUGCAAAAAGUGUAAAUUUUUGCUGUUGUGAAUUAAUUGUUGGCUCACUAUCGACAGAAUACAGAAAUCAAAAGAAUUUAUUCAAUAAACCAAAAAGUAGGAUUAAAAGAAAUAAUUU